ACACAAUGCCCCUACCUCCCACGAGACUGCCCAGUCCCUACGGCGCUGACCGGCUGGUACAGCUGGCAGCCAGACUCUGGCCAGCACUAUGUGAUACCCUGAUCACCGUGGGGAGCCAGGAAUUUCCUGCGCAUAGCCUGGUACUAGCAGGGGCCAGCCAGCAGCUGGGCCACAGGGGCCGGUGGGCGCUGGUGGACGGCAUCAGCUCUGCCACCUUUGUCCAGCUCCUGCACUUUGUUUAUGGGGCGAGUGUGGAGCUGCAGCCUGGGGAGCUAGGGCCCCUGGAGGAGGCUGCCAGGGUGCUGGGGGUCCAGGCCCUGGAGGCAGCAUGCAGCAGCGCCCGAAGGGACGGGGCUCAAGAGCAGCAGGAGCCAGGGCUGAAGACACAGGGCAAGGAGCUAGGAAACCCCUUGAGGGAUUCUGAGCGAGAACUUGGGGACCUUGGGGAAAAGCAAAGACUUGGGUGUGGGGAGAGAGAGCAGAAGCCACUGCCCAAGCACAAACUACCAAGAGAGAGCUCUGGGAUGGCAGAGGCAACACAGGAGGGUCAGGGGGCACAGCUGAGGUCACAGGAGCUCAGCCAAACCUCUGUCGACCACGGGGGUGUAGAUGGAAAGCCAAGGGUGGUCAGGUGCCUGAGAGAGAGUCCAGGGGGCUCUGAGAAAAGCCUGGGGGAGUCCCUUGGCCCCCUCCUUCCAGCAGGUCCCCUCCAAACCAGUAUCAUCCCCGGGCCCUGGUGGGCUGAGGCCCCUCUGUUAGGGGAGAGCCUGCCUGCCUCGCAGAGCAUCCUGCUGUUGCCGCCCAGAGAUGGCCCUCCCUUCUCCCGUAGCACCCCCAUCGCUGGAGCCUGGCAGCAGGGCUGGUCCCAGGACCAGAGGGCUGUAACUCUUCCCCACCCACCUCCCAGGACCCUGAACCUCCAGAAAGGGCUCUGGAGCCCAAGCCUGUUGGUCUCCUGCAGUCCCAGCCCAGGUAAGCCUCACAGGUGAAUAGGGUGGGGGCCCUUCUGCCUGAGCCCCAGUCAGGGAUGCCCUACCUGGCCCUUCUUGGACCCCUCUGGCCCCACAGGUUCCACAGCACCCCGUGUGGGUCCUGGUGGCCCCCCUCCUCCCCAGCCCGCGCCGGCGCGGGUUCGGCCCUAUGCCUGCUGCGUCUGUGGAAAGCGCUUCUCACUCAAGCAUCAGAUGGCGACACACUACCGAGUCCACACAGGCGAGAAGCCCUUCUCCUGCGGCCUGUGUCCUCAGCGCUCCCGGGACUUCUCUGCCAUGACCAAGCACCUGCGGACGCAUGGCGCCGCGCCCUACCGCUGCCCUCUGUGCCCGGCCGGCUGCUCCAGCCUGGCCUCCAUGCAGGCUCACAUGCGCGGCCACUCGCCCAGCCAGCUGCCGCCAGGGUGGUCCAUUCGCUCCACCUUCCUCUAUUCCUCCUCCUCCGGGUUAUCCCGGGCUUCGCCGUCUACCAGUAGCAGCCCCCUUUCCGCCGCCACCUGA